UGCAUACUGGGCCAGGAUUAGCUGGGGGGCAGCCCGCGGCACCUGGAACUUGAUCACUCGAGAGGACACUCCUUGGCCGCUGCACCCGAGGCACCCCCUACAUCUACUGCACGCCCCCCACUUGGCCCCAUGGCCGGCCGCCUGGUGGAGCUGGCGGGCUGGCUGGCCACCCAGGUGUUUGACGUCGUCGGCAGCGUGGCGGGGGUGCAGGGCGCCGACGGAGGAACCACCGUGGACCUGCAGGUCGGCAAGACCGUCUUCUUCGACGUGCCCGUCAAGAUGCGCACCGAGCUGUGGCUCAGCCAGCUGCACCGCAAGGCCUCCGAUGGCACCACGCCGUCGGCAGGGGAAUACUACGACCUGCUGUUUGAGAAGCUGUCGCCGGAUGUGCUGGCGGAGAUUGAUAAGGACACGCACCGCACCUUCCCUGGCCACACCUGGCUGUCCUCGCCCACCGGCCAGAAAGCCAUGCUGAAUGUGCUGCGCGCGUAUGCGCUGUCCGACCCCGAGAUUGGCUACACACAGGGCAUGAACUUCUUGGUGGGCCUCCUGCUGACCUACCUGCCCAGCGAGGCAGACGCGUAUGCGGCGCUCAGCCUGCUCAUGCGGCAGCGCGGCCUGCGCGAGAUGUACCUGCCAGACAUGUCGCUGCUCCAGAUCCGACUCUGGCAGCUGUCCAAGCUGCUGCCGCCGCGGCUGGCGGCGCACCUGGAGGCGCACGCCGCGCUGCCCGUCCUCUACGCCUCCUCCUGGCUCCUCACCUGCUUCGCCGCCGACUUCCCGCUGCACUUUGCGGCGCGCGUGGUGGAUGUGCUGAUGACGGGGCAGGGCGCCGCCUCGCCCAUGCUCAAGGCACGCGCCGCCGCGCUGCAGCUGCCGGUGGCAGUGGGCAUUGUGUCGCACUGCGAGGCCGCCCUGCUCAAGAUGGGCGACUUUGAGGACAUCGUCAACUACCUGCGCCAGGAGGUGCCGCAGUGGAGCAAGCCGGUGCUGCACGACCUGCUCACCGAUGCGCUCAGGUGGGCGGGCGGCCUGGGGGUGGGGCGGGCAGGUUCUCAGUGUCACAGGCCCAUGGGCGUGGCUGCAACAGGUUUCAGCCAGGCCGGGCGCUGCUGGCCUUGGCCUUGA